GAAGCGAUAGCACAUCGCGCUCGCCUGGGCGUUUCCCUCCCCGCCACCCGCUUCCCAACCCCAAAGACGCCGCGCGCUACUGCUUAAACCCCGGAACCACCAACCAGGGGCAGCGCGCACGCCCAUGCAGUGCGAGAGGCAGCGCCCCCACGCCGCACGCGCUGCCACGGACAUAUCCGUGCUGCCGCGCCCCCAAUCCUAACAAUCCGCUCGGCUCGGCUCGCCUUCACCAUGGUGGCCGGCCGCGUCAAGGCGGCCAUGGGCUUCCAGCGCAGCCCCAAGGUGUCCAAGUCGCCGGCUCACGUCGGGCGGACGCCGGAGACUCCUGGCCGGGGGUCAUCGUCUGGCUCCCCGGCGCCGGGCGGCUCGGCGUCCAAGGCUGUCUCCUUCGCGCGGUCCUUAGGCGUGCACUUCCCGCGCUCGUCGGCUCAGGUGCAGCCGGCGCGCGCCCCGCCGGAGGUCGCCGACCUGCUGCGCGCCAUCGAGCAGCUCCAAGAGAGGGAGUCGCGCCUCCGCGUGGAGUUGCUGGAGCAGAAGAUCCUGAAGGAGACCGUCGCCAUCGUCCCAUUCUUGGAGGCUGAGCUCGCCGCGAAGAGCAGCGAGCUGGAGAAAUGCAAGGACACCGCCGCGCGACUGGAGUCCGAGAACAUGCGGCUGUGCGCGGAGCUCGACGCUGCCGUGCUGGAGGUGACGAGUAGGAAACAGAGGAUUGUUCACAUGGAGAAGGAAAUGGCGGAGCUGAAGAAGCAACAGGAGGCUGCCGCUGCUGACGCUGACGACUGCUCGUCCACGGCUUCGGUCUCACACGAGCAACCCGAGAGCGCCAGUUCCGCAGCCAAUCCCGCGAGUCUAGUUCAACGUGGACCGCCCAUUCCACCGCCCCCGCCGCCAGUGCCACCGGCGGCAUUCAAGUCCAAGUCCUACUCUGCCUCGUCGCGCGUGUCGCUUCCGAGUACUUCGGCGCCCUCGCCAUCUUCUUCCACCUCGACUUCACCAACGUACUCCUGCUCGUCGUCAGACACCGUGACCACGCCAAGAAACCGAAAACCAGAGCUCUCGAAGCUACCGCCCAUACCUCCGCCACCACCAAUGCCAGCACUCAGCGUUUGCGGCCGCGCAGCCGCGCCACCUCCUCCUCCGCCGCCUCCUCCGGCUCGGAGAACGUCGGGGGCAGCUUCGCCGGCUGCGUCGGGACCGCGCGUGACGAGAGUGCCCGAGGUGGUAGAGUUCUACCACUCACUGAUGCGGAGGGAUUCAAGAUCAAGGGACGGGAGCGGCGGAGGCGAAACCGCCAACGGCGGCGGAGUGGCCGCGACGAGGGACAUGAUCGGCGAAAUCGAGAAUCGUUCGGCUCACCUCCUCGCGAUCAAAUCGGACGUGGAGAGGCAGGGCGACUUCAUCCGGUUCCUGAUCAAGGAGGUGGAGGGCGCGGCGUUCGUCGACAUCGAGGACGUUGUCACGUUCGUCAAGUGGCUCGACAACGAGCUGUCGCGCCUGGUGGAUGAGCGCGCGGUGCUGAAGCACUUCGAGUGGCCGGAGAACAAGGAGGACGCGCUCCGCGAGGCGGCGUUCGGCUACUGCGACCUCAAGAAGCUGGAAGUGGAGGCCUCCUCAUUCCGCGACGACGCGCGCCAGCCCUGCUCCACCGCACUGAAGAAGAUGCAGGCGCUCUUCGAGAAGCUGGAGCACGGCGUCUACAACCUCGCCCGCUUCCGGGACGGCGCCACGGGCAGGUACAGCCGGUUCCAGAUCCCGUGCGAGUGGAUGCAGCCAGACACCGGCAUCGUCAGCCAGAUCAAACUCCAGUCGGUGAAGUUAGCAAUGAAGUACUUGAAGCGGGUCUCUUCUGAACUUGAGGCCAUAAAGGGUGGUCCUGACGAAGAAGAACUAAUGCUUCAAGGAGUGCGAUUCGCCUUCAGGGUACACCAGUUUGCAGGCGGGUUCGACGUGGACACCAUGCGGGCAUUCCAAGAGCUCAAGGAGAAGGCAUCUAUGUGCCGGAUACAACGACAAGAGCAGAACCGUCAUCUAAGGAGGCAGCAAAAACUCGUUGCCAGGGCCUGAGCACCAUUUUACUAUCCCGAUGUAUCAUAUCAUUUCGUCGUUACCAUAGUUCGUUUGCUUUCUUGCUUGUUUCUGUUGAGAAAUGUUCUCACUAGAUUUAUCACACCAGUGAACAAUCUAUGUUCUCGUUGUCACUGUAGCCGUCUUUCAUUUUUGUCCCCUCCAUGUUCUCUCUCUAGGGCCCUAUUCCUAACCAGUAUCUCGUCAGCUUGGCUGGGUUGUGAUUAGCUUUACAUAAUUUUGCAGCGAAAUGUAUGUGUGUGGUGGUAGAUAAAUCUGUUGUCUGGAAAUUCUGGUACUACCAUAUGUAAAGGAUUACUGCCAACGGUUGAGAUCAACGUUGUGCUUGCCUGCUUGGUAUAUCUUUA